AUGGAGAAGCGGAAGCAGCUGAGUUUAUUCGGAAAAGGUACAUUCAAGGAAACGAGGGAUGAGGACGGGGACAUCUGCUAUAUCAAAAACGAGAAGUACAGGGAGACUUCGACCAGGGAGGGGAUCACUGCAGAAGUUGAGAAGUCCAGUGUGACCGUAUCCUAUUAUUUCUUAUCACCUUCUCUUAUAUUCACUCUCAUUCCUGCCCCUCAGAACGACAUCGAGACGAUCAAGGCUGCGACGAGGAAGGCGAUCAACACCAUGAACAAGCUGACCCUGAAGGCCCAGGACUACUCCGUGCGCUGCAAGGCCGACAAGCUCGCGAAGCCUACCAAGGAUGCAUGGUUGGACACGUCUAAGCAGGCCGAGGCAGUCGCCAAGACGCCCAGGGCGGCGCUGGCCAAGCGGACCCCAGACAAGAAGGAGAUGAAGAGGGAGACGAUGAACGCAGCCAGGCUCAUGGUCUCCUCAAAGGAGCUCUUCACGAACAAGGCUUUCUUCAAGAAGUCAUCCCCGCGCAGCCGCGCGGCCGUCGAGCGCGAGCUCGACCAGCAGUUCGACCAGCGGCUCGACCAGACUGCAAACUACAGCAGACUUGCAACGCGGGAUGGCAGUGCGUUAGCUGAUUACGUGUGGAGCGUCGAUGUCGCCGGCGAGGACGACGACGCUGUUGGUAUUGUGUUCCGCGUGGCGGAUACUCAUAAUUUUUAUAAGUAUUCGUACUCCAACAAUGCCGGCGGCUGUCGCACGUUAUAUAAGGUCCGCAAUGGCGUACAGAGCGAGUUAUGGCACGCCUCGACGAACGAGUCCUACGGGAAUGGCCGCGAGUAUACCCUCCAAGUGCGGACGGACGGCUGCCGCUUCGUUGGGCACUACCGAGGCGGCGAGGACUUCGACGUCACAGACCGCGACUGUGUGGCAGCUGGUGGCGUGGGCGCCUAUUCCUGGGGGAGCGGUGGCCAGUGGAGCAACAUGCUCCUGGCCACGGCGGCCGGCCGCGUGCAGGGGCGCAGGAUGGACCCGGCCAUCGCGCAAGUCGUCGUCUUCGGGGCCCUCUUGGCAGCUUGCUGCGCGGGCGCGUUCUGCUGCCUCGCCACGAGGUACAAUGUGGCGCGCCCCGCGUCCUCUUCCGGGCUCGCCCACGGGAAGCUCUUCGACGGCGUCGUUGGUGGCUGCGGCGACCAGCACGAGCUUUCGCAGGUGUGCGGGAAUCCGAGGGUGGUGCCGGCCGUUUCCUGGGCUGUGGACCCGGAGCCCUUUGGAUGCAGAUGA